AGCUGCUUCCAGAACCGGAGCCCAAGCCCGAGCCGGAGCCUGAGCCUGAGAAAGCCGAAACUACCUCUCUCGGAACUUCUACACCCUGCGAUUCCUUGCCCUCUUCUUGGCAUUCGCCAUCAACUUCAUCUUGCUGUUUUAUAAGGUCUCAGACUCUCCACCAGGGGAGGAUGACAUGGAGGGCUCAGCAGCUGGGGACCUGUCAGGUGCAGGAUCCAGCGGCGGCUCUGGCUGGGGCUCGGGGGCCGGCGAGGAGGCAGAGGGUGACGAGGAUGAGAACAUGGUGUACUACUUCCUGGAAGAGAGCACGGGCUACAUGGAACCUGCCUUGCGUUGCCUAAGCCUGCUUCAUACGUUGGUGGCCUUUCUCUGCAUCAUUGGCUACAACUGCCUAAAGGUGCCCCUGGUGAUCUUCAAACGAGAGAAGGAGCUGGCCCGGAAGCUGGAGUUUGACGGCCUCUACAUCACAGAACAGCCUGAGGAUGACGACGUGAAGGGGCAGUGGGACCGCCUGGUGCUCAACACGCCGUCUUUCCCCAGCAACUACUGGGACAAGUUUGUCAAGCGGAAGGUCCUGGACAAGCAUGGGGACAUCUAUGGGCGGGAGCGGAUCGCCGAGCUGCUGGGCAUGGAUCUGGCCACGCUGGAGAUCACAGCCCACAAUGAGCGUAAGCCUGAACCACCGCCGGGGCUGCUCACCUGGCUCAUGUCCAUUGACGUCAAGUACCAGAUCUGGAAGUUCGGGGUCAUCUUCACGGACAAUUCCUUCCUGUACCUGGGCUGGUACAUGGUGAUGUCCCUCCUGGGACACUACAACAACUUCUUCUUCGCGGCCCAUCUCCUGGACAUUGCCAUGGGGGUCAAGACGCUGCGCACCAUCCUGUCCUCCGUCACCCAUAAUGGGAAGCAGCUGGUGAUGACCGUGGGCCUCCUGGCGGUGGUGGUCUACCUGUACACCGUGGUGGCCUUCAACUUCUUCCGCAAGUUCUACAACAAGAGCGAGGAUGAGGACGAGCCCGACAUGAAGUGCGACGACAUGAUGACAUGUUACCUGUUUCACAUGUACGUGGGUGUCCGAGCUGGUGGGGGCAUCGGGGACGAGAUUGAGGACCCAGCAGGCGACGAAUAUGAGCUGUACCGGGUGGUCUUCGACAUCACCUUCUUCUUCUUCGUCAUCGUCAUCCUGCUGGCCAUCAUCCAGGGUCUGAUCAUUGACGCUUUUGGCGAGCUCCGAGACCAACAAGAGCAAGUGAAGGAAGAUAUGGAGACCAAGUGCUUCAUCUGCGGCAUCGGCAGCGAUUACUUCGAUACGACACCGCACGGGUUCGAGACCCACACUCUAGAGGAGCACAACCUGGCCAAUUACAUGUUUUUCCUGAUGUAUCUGAUAAAUAAGGACGAGACGGAACACACGGGCCAGGAGUCUUACGUCUGGAAGAUGUACCAAGAGAGAUGUUGGGACUUCUUCCCAGCUGGCGACUGUUUCCGCAAGCAGUACGAGGACCAGCUUAGCUGAGACACUCCAGCUGGCCCUUCACCCCCGCCUCAAGUGCCUUAUCCUCACAGCAAGUCCCUUAGUCCCAAACCCCGCCCCCCAGGGCAGCUGGGGGACAGGUGACCACGUCCUGGAGAAAUAAAGUCUGUGCUACACCCCAGA